AUGUGUUUUUUGGAUGAAGAAGUGUAUAUGCAGCCACCACAAGGAUAUGAGAAAGAAAAGAAAGGAGAGGUUUACAAGCUGAAUAAGUCACUUUAUGGUCUCAAACAGUCUUCACAUGAUCAUUGCUUAUUCACAAAAGGUGAAAAUCAAUCAUUCAUUGCUUUAGUGGUAUAUGUAGAUGAUGUUUUAAUAACUGGACCUAAUCAAGACAAGAUUGAUGAAGUUAAAGAUUACUUACACAAGGCUUUUACAAUAAAAGACCUUGGAAAUGCUAGUUACUUCUUGGGUAUUGAGCUAUUAAAAACAGAGGAAGGAUUAUAUGUUAAUCAAAGAAAAUAUGUUCUUGAUAUAUUAUUUGAAGUUGGAUUAAUUGGAGCUAAACCAGCCUCAACACCAUCAAUCAAGAACAUGCAUUUAAGUAUACAAGGAGGAGUGCUUAUGAAGGAACCAGAGAAGUAUAGAAAAUUAGUUGGAAAAUUGCUAUAUUUGAACUUUACAAGACCAGAUAUAAGCCAUGCUGUUCAACAAUUAAGUCAGUUCUUGCACUCGCCAACAGAUACACAUUGGCAAGCUGCAUUACAGGUGCUAAAGUACUUGAAAGGAACUCCUUCAAAAGGGUUGUUUUUCGAUAAAAAGUCUUCAGACAUAACAAUUUUAGCCUAUAGUGACUCUGACUGGGCUUUAUGCAAAGAUACUAGAAGGUCACUAACAGGAUACUGUAUAUUUCUUGGUUCUUCUUUAAUUUCAUGGAAGACCAAGAAACAAAAAACAAUGUCUAGAUCAUCAUGCGAAGCAGAAUAUAGGAGCCUAGCAGCAACAGUUUGUGAGCCCUUGUGGAUCAGUUACAUCCUCAGAGAUUUGAAGAUCAAGAUGCAUAUUCCUGUGACAUUAUGGUGUGAUAAUAAGGCAGCGAUUCAUAUUACAGAAAAUCCCAUCUUUCAUGAAAGGACGAAGCAUCUUGAUAUUGAUUGUCAUCUGGUUCGUGAUCAAUAUAAGAUAGGAUUUGUUAGACCAAAACACAUUUCAAAAAAGGAGCAGGCUGCUGAUAUUUUUACAAAAGCAUUAUGUCAACCACAAUUUCAGAAUUUGUUAUUCAAGUUAAACCUUAGAGAUAUUCACCAAGGUUUAACUUGA